AUUCUUCUCACGAUUCAACUCCCCUUUCUCCCAGCCGCUUCAUAUCAUGGAACCGCUAUAUGCCUCCAGCUGCCACGGCCAGUUCGAUGUCAUAUCUUGCAGGUUGUUAGUCAGAUCCGGCACCUUCGGGCCGACACUGCUGGUCGAUUUGACAGUCUUUUGUGCGCUUCUCACUCAAUUCGUUUUCACAUCCCCACUACUCCGCGGCAUCUACGGAACCAAGUUUGCGGCUCUCACCCCGGCGGAGCAGCGCCGCGUAGGCCUCCUGCACGUGGGGAUCGUGAUGAAAGUGUGGGGCUUCGUUUUCAUAGCGGUCCCCAGCUAUCGAAUCAUCGUCCAGGGGCAGUAUUGGGAUGAACAGGGCUUGGUGCCGGGAAUGACGCUGGCCGACAUGGCCACCACCUCUGUUAUGGCUUUCGGAGCGCUCGGCCUCUUCGAUCUGAUAUACAGCGAGAGUCUGCGACCGAUCUAUCUGCUGCAUCAUCUGGGGACUCUCGUCUUUCUCCACGGCUACCUGUAUAUGGUCAUGAGCCUUCCCACAGCUCCGGAGAAGAGCGCCGAGGGUCUGGAGCGGCUGGCGCUUCUCGUACAGAUCUGUUUAACCUGGGGUAUGUUCCUUCCUGCAUGUCUGCAAGUCUGUUCGCCUGCGGGAAAAAAGUACUGACUUCCGCAAUCGUGGCGUAGUGCUCUUCUCCAGCAUAGGCAGCAUCAUCUCCCGUCUCACCUACCUCAUCCGUCAGCUGGGCCCUUCGUCCUGGUUUCGCCAUUUGCACCGAGUUUUCCUCACCGGACUCGCCAUCUUUAGC